ACUAGGGGUCAUAAGGCAUCUCCUGGUUACAACUACAUAAUGAAUACCCAAGACACAGAUAUGGGAAAAAUCAGUCCGCCAACGAAUGAAAAUGGGUUACCCAGAAGGCUCACGGUCGCCUCACAAGGUCCUUUUAAUACUGGAGUAUUGGCUGACAGACCCACCAACAUACAUCCACGUAGACCAUUAAAAGCAGAAACAUCCAUAAAAAGUACAAAAACCUCAGAAGUUUCUGAUGCAUGUACAGGCAUUAGCCGCUUACCAACGGCGGAUCACGGUCGUAAGACAUACAGCGCGAAUGCCGGAGAACGCAGGGACUGCAACCCGCAUAAAUUAAAACAGGCAUCAAAGUUGUCUUUAACCCGGAGCCGCUCUACAAGAGAUAUUACAGUCACACGUGAUGACGAACAACCGUCAACAUCUACCUCAGGGGUUUUAAGGCAGCGUCCAUCUAGUGCGACAUGUGUAGCAAAGGAGCCUCUACAAAUACAGUCAUUAAACACAACAAAACAUACAUUUUGGGGUAAGUCAGCUGUCACAUCACCAGUCAAUGUAUCAGGGUGUCGACAUUUCACUGUAGCAUCAAAUAUACCUGUGAAACAAUCCAUUACCCCUGUAAAUGUUCCUAUACAACCAAUCCCUAAGAAAAGUAGAACUGUUUUACAGGAUAUAACACAAGCCACCAGCAACGAUAACAAUAUACAUAGAGGAACUACAUCAUUGACAUCCAGAAAUACCUCUGUAAAGGUGCCAACACCACCGCCACCUAAGAAAAGUAGAUAUGACAGCAAAAACACACACAUUUAUACAGAGACCACAUCACCUCUUGAUGUUAGAAAAUGUAUGUUGUGGUUCACGCGUUCUGCUCCUUUAUGGUUUGAAGUCAAGGAUGCGGUAGACCAUACAAUCAAUGAAAUACUCAAAAUAGUGCAUAAUGCUGCUCUUUUAAAGCAAAGCAGGCCUCUGAGUCUAAAACUUUACGCCGCUAGGCGCCCAUUUAGUAUUGGCCAUUCAUUGUUAUCCCACGAUGGCCGUGACAGUCCAUUGGGAAUAAGAGGUCUUAUACCAAACCAUAAAUUACCCCGUGACAACGUCGGUGAUUUAUUACAGUGGUUUUUAAGGGAAUUUGGUUUUUGGUUCGCUUUAGAAACCUUUAUUGACUCUGUAAUUAGUGAGAUCCGUAACAUUGUUAUUGUGACUGAUGAUGAGCUUAGACAAACUCAUUUUUUAAACCGUUUAGAAAGACUUGACCGUGCUACCGAUGCCUUUCGUUCAGGUCUAAAUUUACUGACCCCCGCGUGACUAGUCAUGGUUGGACGGGGUUUAUUAUCUCAAUCCAAAAAAUGGACCAGACAGAGACUUGUAGCUAAACGCCGAGCUAGAACCGUAAAACGUGCCAUAAAUACAUUGCGAGGUGCAUUACGUUCUGCGAUGUCUAGGCAACGCCGUAAGACCCCUUGUGAUACAGACAAAUGCUUAA